AUGUUAAGUGAGAAGAAAUGGAGAUUUAUGGAAGAAUUGGUAAUUAUUUUAAAAGAAUUUGAAAAAAUCACAAGAAUAUUAAAUGGUUCUAAUUAUAUUACUUUAUCAUUAUUAUAUCCUUUGAUUUCAAAAUUAAAAUGCUUUAUUGGAGAUAUGAUAAAAAAAUAUCAAAAUAAUGAAAAUAAUAAUAACAAUGAAAUUUUAUCAAAUGAUGAAAUACAAGAAGAUAUACUAGAGAAAUUUGAAGAAAUACCUGAUAGUGAAUCUGCAAAUAUAAUUGAAAUCAAUGAAAAUAGGUCAAAGAAAAACUUAAAUAUUUCAAAUCCAAUUAAAAUAAAAAGACUAGUUUUAUUAUUUUUGAAUACAUUCAGCAAGUCAUUAGAAAAAUAUUGGUUAGUUUUUUCUAAUGUUGGCCUUCUUGCUACUCUAUUAGAUUUGCAUUCCAAAAAAUUAAUAUGUUUUGAGAAAUCCUUAAUAGAUAGUAUCUUUGGCGAAGAAGAAAAUGAAGAUAAUGGUGAUGAAAAUGAAGUUAAAGAAUAUUUAAAACUCAAGCCAAUUAGGAAUAUUGAUUUUUUAUUAGUGUUUCACACAAAUUGA